AUGAUAACGAAGCUUACGGAAAGAAAUAGCAAAAUAAGCCGUGAACUAGCUGAAUCAUUGAAAACUCGCAUAUCGCAAAGAAGAUCUUUAGAACUGACAGGGACUUUAAAAUAUCUGCACAACCACUUGAAAUUUCAUCAAGAACCGCCUUCUAAUGUAUUUCCUAAUCCCUCAAAUGAGAUGAUGGUUGAAACAAUAACCUAUAUCAAUAAGAAAUAUUUUAAGACAAUGACCAGCAACAUCAUUUUCGAUGAAGAUGAUGAAGUCACGCAUUCUGAUUUACAACAGCGGGAAAGAAUGCUUCAAAAUUCUCUUGCUGACAAAAGUAUCCAAGAGCAGCUGCGAGAUCAAAUUGAUGAUACUUUGAUUAAUAAGACGACUUCAUCCCCCUCAUUUACAUUUAGGUCUAACGAAGACUUAGAAAUUGCAAUACGUGUAGAGAUGGCAUCUUAUGAGGCUGGAGGUUUAAAAAUGUACAUUUAA